UCAGUUUUCUUUGUUAUUAAUUUCGAGAACAAUCGAAAAUCCAUCGCGGCUCCGUCGGAGCGAGGCGAAGUGACUUUUCGUGACUUGUCACGUCCGCGCUCGUCGACGAGCUAACCGAAUUUGAUCGUUCCUGUAGUCCCGUGGUGUGCCGGGAGUUUGCGACAAUUGGCACCAUGUCAGAGGUGAGACGCGGAGGGAGAUAUAAGAGGUGAGUGACGUCGUUGCCAACGGUCAUCAUCAGAUGUCGCUUGGCCGCGAUUCGUCCGCGGCUCGUUCGUGUCUGUUCGUGCAGCUGAUACGCCUGUUGUCGUCGUCGUCGUCGUCAUCGUCGUCGUCGUCGUCGUCGUCGUCGUCGUCGUCGUCGUCGUCGUCGUUGGCGACGAGGAGCGCCGUCAGUGAAAUCCCGAUCGAUUCUCCGCGAUCAUCGCGGAUCGGCGAAUUGGUGCUUGCGUCUGACGCCUGGUGCGACGCGCGAUAACCGAUCACCUCGCCGGCGAAUGUUUUUCGCGCGCGUACUCGCCGGAGAGAAAGGGGCUUCGAUCGAGGGGGAAAUUCGAUCGGGAAUCGGACCGACCUCCUCUUCCUCUUCCGACAAGGAAAGGCGUCUUAAAAUAUCCUCCGAGUUUGAGUGGGACGAACGUCUCGAGCAGCCGCCCGAAAUACCGGCGCGUCCGACAUGCACGUCCGACGCGCGAUGUGAAGAGUUGCGACGUGAGGGUGAGAGAUCGCGGGAAGAUCGCGAGGAGAGUUGUGAUCGCGAGGGUGAAUAAUCGAUUUGACGGUGUCGACGGUUAUCGAGGGGAAACGAGGAAGGAAAUGGCAUUGUUCUCCGGUGGCGGCAGCGGUGCCGGCGGCGGAGGGGGUGGGCCGCCGCCCAUUAAACCGGAAGACGGCAUCCCUUCCAGGCAACGGAGCCUCAAGGAUCGGCUGCGGGAAGGCAUCACCGGUGGAUUCGCAUGGCAGAGCAAGAGCCGUAGCGUGGAUCAUGGAUUUACGACACCUUUCGAUUUAGAUGCUCUGCGGAACAAGGUUGAAGGACGCUUCGAAUCUGUGGAUAAACUCUCGAAAGAUUCCGAUAACGAGAGCAAAGAUGGCUCCACGGCGCAGGAGAAGAAGCACGGCCGUGUCUCGCAGCCCAUCAAUACCAUUGCCUACACGGUAAGCGCGACUGCAUGCAUAGCAAGCGUUCUAAUUGAGCGCAUAUUAAGCUACACUUGCACGAUUCCAAUCGGGUGUCGGGACAAGACGAUUAGAAUCUCAUCAAACGUUUGUCUCCAUUGUGCGCUUGUCUUUGAUAUAAUAUUUGAUUUUGCAGAACUGCUGGACAAUCUGAGACCAGUGUCACCAAAACCAGGCCAUAUGGAACGGGUUAAAACACCUCUUGGGACUUCUGGUGUGACUACAGAUGAGGACGAACAACCAUUUAGAGAAAGAUUUCUAAAAAUUAAUGUCAGGCAUAUCACGGACGGCCAGGGAGUAGUUGGUGGUGUAUUAUUAGUGACACCAAAUGCAGUUAUGUUUGAUCCAAAUGUAUCUGAUCCUCUUGUUAUCGAGCAUGGUGCUGAAUCUUACGGAGUGAUUGCCCCAAUGGAAUUUGUAGUCAAUGCUGCGAUUUACUAUGAUAUUGCGCAUAUGAGAGUCUCCCAUACCGAGUCCGGCAAUUUGGACAAAAAACCUGAAAUUUAUUACAUGAAAAAACCUCAAGUAGAUAAUCGUAAGUGUCAGUCUCCAGGAAAAGAGGAGAAUUUUCCUGAAUUAGCAGGUGACGAUAGCGAGAGCGUGUGUAGCUGCGCCGAAAGAGACGGCGAUGCUUUUCCAAAGGCCUUUGAGCGUGAGCUUGUCACUCCCACCAAUCUUCAGAGUGAGGAGAAUUCAACUUCGACCAAAGAUAAGGAGAAAGAGAAAGACAGUAACGAAAAAGAAGAAGUUUGCAUUGGCGGUCAAGCUAGUAGAACUUUAGAGGAACGUAGACGUUCUAUGCUUGAUCAUCAUUGGGCAGUUCCUAGCAAAGAUCGGAGUACGUUUUCUGUUGAUGACGAACAACAAGAUUCUUUAAAUUCUGAUAAGGCGGAACCAACUAAAUCAAAUGCCAUUCCUGAAGACGAAGAAGGAUCUCUAGUCAAAUUGUCGUGCCAUGAUUCUGGUAUUGAUAUCCGUGAUCCUAAUCCACCUAUUCCAAUAGUACAGCCUAUACCAUCGAAAAAAGUUUACUCAGACGCGGACAUUGUCUUAUCCUCGGAUUGGGUUCCGCCGAUAACAAUAGCACCAACGAAUAUUACAUCUUCGUUGGAGGCCACUUCAGCUAUUAAUGGCAGGAAGAAAGCCAGCUCGGUGUCCUUUAGUUUGGAGAGUAACGCAGAAGAACCCGAGAAGGAUGAAGAGCAUAAAGAGGAUGAUAAACAGGAAACUCGAAAGAACAAGAUGCUAAAACGUCUAUCAUAUCCAUUGUCCUGGAUGGAAGGUUUAACUGGAGAAAAAGAUGACGACAGCAGUAAAUCCAUCUCUGAUAAAAUGUCAAGCCUUCCGAAUAGUGCAGAUUCCCAUCACUCUUCUGUUUUCAGCAAAGUCUUUUCGAGCUCGCCGAUCAACCUGGUGAGUGACUUUAGCUCGGGCCUGUUUGCUAAAACCCCCAGCGAAGAGAGUGGCGGGGGCGGUAGAGCGGGCGGAACUCCUCCGCUUACCGCCUCCUCUCUCUCCCAGGACUCCAGCAAUUUCUCACCUGGUCCAGGAGGCCUCAUCGGACGGUCUUCCGUGGGUACUUUUAUUAGACAACAACCUUUAACAUCUUCCGGCAGCAGUAGUGUCGAUAGCAGUCGAGGUAGCAAAACUUCCACGACAGCACCGCGAUUGGAUUACCGCAGUAUGGUCUCGGUCGAGGAUAUGCCGGAAUUGUUUGUGAGUUUUGACAAAUUAAUCCCGAGACCCGCACGAUCUUGCGAGGAUCCGCCGUUGUACCUGAGGCUGCGAACGGGAAGACCCAAGGACAAAAAGAUACCACGGUCGACACCAAUUAUGAGCUACGGCAAAAAGAAGCUGCGUCCCGAAUACUGGUUCAGCGUGCCACGCAACAGAGUGGACGAUCUGUACAGGUUCAUCCACGCGUGGGUGCCGAGCCUCUACGGCGAGCUUGAUGAGAACUACUGGCGGGAACGCGGCUACAUCCUGUCCGACACCGACACCGACCUGUCGCCGGAGCUGUCGCCCCACGAGAGCGGCGAGGGCGCGGAUUCCACGGAGGAGAGCAAGACUCGCGACGGCCAAGGCGACGACAUCAGCGAGUUGACGAGGGAAUCCUGGGAGGUGAUCAAGGCCCCCUACGUAAAGCUGUACAGCAUCCUGAAGACCUCGAGCACGUCGGAUUGCGACAAGUUUAUUUUAUAUUCUUCUCUUUUGCACCUGAAAUAA